GAUAAUUAUAAAAAAAUAAAAACAACUUAACUUUGAAAAGAAGUACUGAGUCAUUCUACAUAAGCCCAAACAUGCAAUCUGCUGAUCACUGAAAAGCUCUUCCUGGAACGGACAGACACUCUGACAUACAAAAACACACAAACAAGGCCAACGUGCAACACAGGGUACCCCAUUACAUAAAAUUUGGUUAAAGUGUGACAGGACAUUGCUGUAAACCUAGCCCCUAAUGCACGUCAAAAAGGUUACAGUUUGAACCAGGAGGAUAUAUAUGGGCAGGCGGACAGUGACCACCAGAGCAUCGACGCAUCACAACCCAUCACAACCCAACAGUAACUGUGAUUUCACCUAUCAGCCAUGAGGAUCAUCAACAUUGGUCCGGACCCGUCUCUGGCAUAUCGGCCAAAUUUGGAGACAAGUAAGGCAAAAGACAAGGAAGACUACAGAAACUUUGAGCACACUGAAUGGAACGGUUGUAACCACACCCGGAUGGGGAUGAUGGAUGCCAUCAUGUCUCUAGACCAGCUUGUGGAUGAGUCUGAUCCCGAUGUGGACUUCCCCAACUCCUUCCACGCUUUCCAGACUGCUGAAGGCAUCCGCCAAGAACACCCAGACAAAGAAUGGUUCCAGCUGGUUGGUCUGAUCCAUGAUGUCGGAAAGAUCAUGGCUCUCUGGGAUGAACCGCAGUGGGCUGUAGUGGGUGACACUUUUCCCGUUGGCUGCAAAUUUCAAAACUCCAUUGUGUUCAGAGACAACACCUUCCUGAAAAAUCCAGAUGACAAUAAUCCCAAAUACAACACUGAGUUUGGGAUCUAUGAACCAAACUGUGGCCUUGACAAUGUCCUCAUGUCCUGGGGCCACGAUGAGUAUCUCUACAGAGUUAUGAAGUUCAACAAGUGCCUCAUCCCAGAGGAGAAUCAAUCUUAUUUUGUAUAUUCUAAUCAUUAUAAUAAUGCCUAUUUUAUACAAUAAAGCAUGUACAAAUCAAAAUUUCGCUUUUAUUGUACUGUUACAUAUAUAUAAAAAGAUUUCAAAACA